GUUAAUCUACUAGGUUAAAACAUACAGCACACGCUGUCAUAAUACAAACUUUAAUCUAUCGACACCAGUCUUCCGUAUUUUGGUAAAGUCCUACCUUGAAGAGAGUUCGCGAACGCACCACAAGGUGAGACCAGUGAACGCACCACGCAGACCGAUGAUCCAGCUGCUGCACGGAGGCGAGGACAUGGACUCAAGUAACGGUCAGCAGUGAGCCUUCCCCGGGGAGGGGGUGGGGGACCCUCAAAGUUCGCCGGAACUCGCCAUGUCCAGGAGCCUGAAACGGAGGACCCACCACUGGAGCAACAGAGUCCACGAAAGUGUCCUCGGCCGGAACGCGGAGGGGCAGCUGGCCUCGCUGGAGCUGCUGAGCGGCGGCGCGGAGCACGGACACUUCCCAAUCGUGGGCGAGCUUCCCCCGGGUGGAGCGCCGUGCCUCUCCGGCAGCCUCCGUCCCGGAGAGCUGCUGCUGGAGGUCAACGACACGCCGGUGGCUGGGCUCACCAGCCGGGAUGUGAUGGCGGUGAUGAGGCACAGCAAAGAGCCCGUCAGACUCAAGUGUGUCAAACAAGGCGGUGUGAUCGACAAGGACCUGUGCCGCUACCUCAACCUGCGUUUCCAGAAAGGCUCGGUGGACCACGAGUUGCAGCAGAUCAUCCGGGACAACCUCUACCUCCGCACCAUCCCCUGCACCACCAGGCACCCCAAGGAAGGAGAGGUCCCCGGGGUGGACUAUAAUUUCGUAAGCGUCCGGCGCUUUAUGGAAUUGGAGAAAAGUGGAGCCUUGCUUGAGAGUGGAACCUAUGAAGAUAACUUUUACGGCACGCCCAAGCCUCCCGUCGAGCCUGCUGCGCCGUCGCUAAAUGUAACGGAGCGGCUGCUGCUGCUACCGGGCGCCAGACCCAGCUCGGAGGGCAAGCGCAAGCGCAACAAGUCGGUCAGCGACAUGGAGAAGGCCAGCGUCGAGCCCCCGGAGGAGGAGGAAGAGGAGAGGGCCGGCGCUGUCAUCGUCAACGGCAACGGCAUCGCCCUCACGCCAGAGUCGAGCGAACAUGAGGACAAGAGCCCCCCCGGCGACGCUUUGGCCGACGCCCCGGCCGAGGCGGACCCCGGCCGGUCCCCGAAAAGCGACGUCCUCCCCAAGCUGGAGGAGAGCGAGGAUCUGGGCCCGCUACCCGACAACUGGGAGAUGGCGUACACGGAGAAGGGAGAAGUCUACUUCAUAGACCACAACACGAAGACCACGUCGUGGUUGGACCCGAGGCUCGCCAAGAAGGCCAAGCCGCCCGAGGAGUGCAAAGAGGACGAGCUUCCGUAUGGCUGGGAGAAAAUCGACGACCCCAUUUACGGCAGCUACUAUGUGGACCACAUAAACAGGAGGACCCAGUUUGAGAAUCCGGUUCUGGAGGCCAAGAGGCGACUCCAGCAGGAGCAGCAGAUGCAAAGUCAGGGGCUCUCCUCGCUCCCGCUUCCCGCCAUCUUCAGAGUACAAGAUGGCGGCCCCCGUGCCACCCUCCCCAGAUCCUCCGCCGUCCACCCGGGCCUGGCGCCGGAGCGCUGCCGCAGCCUGACCGAUCUGUCGUCCCGCUCGCCGCCCGCGGCACGGCGCCCGGCCUCACCUUUCGCCGCCGCCGACGUCUCCCCGUUGCGCCACGUGCUGACCCGGCGGAUCAACAUGAGCCCCCGCCACCACCACCACCAUCAACACCACCGCCGCCACCCGCGUGCCCACCGUAGCCCCUCUCCUUUGUGCCGUUUCGUCAAGAAGCCGCUGUUCACGCGCGACCCCACGCAGCUGAAAGGCAGCUUCCUGUCCACGGCGCUGCACAAGAGCAACAUGGGCUUCGGCUUCACCAUCAUCGGCGGCGACGAGCCCGACGAGUUCCUGCAGGUGAAGAGCGUCAUACCCGAGGGGCCGGCCGCCGCCGACGCCAAGAUGGCCACAGGCGACGUGAUCGUAUACAUCGAUGACGUGUGCGUGCUGGGCACCACCCACGCCGACGUGGUCAAACUCUUCCAGUCGGUGCCCAUCGGGCAGAGCGUGACGCUGGUGCUGUGUCGCGGUUACCCGCUGCCCUACGAGCCCGACGACAACGACGCCAACAGCGCCGCCAUCAUCUCCCCGCUGGGCAUCGUGGAGCAGCGCCCACUCAUGGCGAACGGGCGCCCCGGUUACGACAACUACCUGGACUACAUCUCCCGCACGGCCCGGUUCGCCCCGGACGCGAGUCAGGAUCACCAGCGGCCGCCGGACGCCCACCUGGACACCCCGGACGCCGUCUCGGUGGCAUCUCAAGGCGAGUUGCUGACGCUGACCCUGGUGAAGGGCGGCGACGGCUUCGGGUUCACCAUCGCCGACGGCGCCGCGGGGCAGCGCGUCAAGCAGGUUCUGGAGUCCGGGGGGUGCCCGGGGGUCAGCGAGGGCGACCUGAUCGUGGAGAUCAACAAGCAGGCGGUGCUGGGCUUCACGCACGCCCAAGUGGUGGAGAUGCUCAAGGAGUGCGCCGUGGGCACCGAGACGUGUCUGGUGGUGCAGAGACCCGCGCCAGGUCACUUUUCGCCGCGGAAGAGCUGCAAGCAGGUGUCGGAGCAGCGGGAGACCCCCCGGGGCCCGAGCAGCCCGGCUCGGACCUGCCUGUCGGCCCCCGUUAUGUCCCGCAGCGCCCCCUACCCGAACCGCAACCACCACCCGAAACGGCAGCACCGAGUCCUCCACAGAGCCUCGGUGCCGGACUCGGCCCCCGAGGCUCUGACGCUGUCCGAAGCCGAGCCGUUGGGCCUGUAUGAGAAGUCCGGGACAAUCUUUGAGAGUAGGCAAUCGGGCCCCCCGAGGACGACUUUUCCCGCAGAUUCCUCCUCGGGGUCGGAGUACCAGGACAUGGAGGUGAACUUGCGGCGGCAGAAGUCCGGCUUCGGGUUCAGGGUCCUGGGCGGGGACGAGGCGGGCCAGCCUAUCUUGAUCGGCGCCAUCAUCGAGAAGAGCCCGGCGGACCUGGACGGGCGUCUGCGGCCCGGCGACGAGCUCCUCUUCGUGGACGGCGUUCCCGUGGUGGGCAAGCCGCAUCGCUACGUCAUCGACCUGAUGCACGGAGCGGCGCGCAACGGACAGGUCAACAUGGUCAUCAGGAGGCGGAGGCAGGGCCCAGGCGACUCCUGUCAGGAGAACGGCCGCCACUCGGGCUCGGUUUCCACGCAGCACAGCUCGCCGCGCAGCGACCUGACGUACGCUAACAGCGCCGGCGUGGCCGCCCCCGCCGACGGGGGGUCGCCCACGACCGCCCAACCCAGCGACGUCCUCAUCCACCGGAAGGAGAGCGAAGGCUUCGGGUUCGUCAUCAUCAGCUCGCUCAACCGGCCCGAGGCGCCCUCCGUCAACCCGGUGCCGCACAGGAUCGGGCGCAUCAUCGAGGGCAGCCCGGCCGACCGCUGCGCCAAGAUGAAGGUGGGCGAUCGCAUCCUGGCCGUCAACGGCCAGUCCAUCGUCAACAUGCCGCACGGCGACAUCGUCAAGCUCAUCAAGGACGCCGGCCUCAGCGUCACCCUGAGGAUGAUCCCGCAGGAAGCGGAAGUGAGCCACCCGCCGUCGGCGCCCACCCCGGAGAAGCAGAGCCCGCUGGCGCAGCAGCGGAGUCCCAAGACGCAGCUCCCCUCUGCCGUCAGCUCGCAGCCCGGCCCGGGCGCCCCCGAGUCGGGCCGGUCCGACGCCAAAGCCCACCGCAGCCCCGGCAGCGGCCAGCUGCCUGCACCCCCGACGCAGACGUACACCAACGAGGGGAGUUACAGAUCAGAGGUGAAAGCCCGACAGGACGUGAAACCGGACGUCCGCCAGCCGCCGUUCACCGACUACCGUCAGCCGCCCGUGGACUACCGGCACCCCCCUGUGGCCGACUACCGCCAGCCGCCCACGCCGGACUACCGGCACCCGCCCCUCUUGGACUACCGGCCGCAGUUCGCCAUCCCGGACUACCGGGUGCCGCCGGUGCAGCUCUCGCAGGACUUCGACUUCUUCACGGUGGAGCUGGAGAAGAGCGUCAAGGGUUUCGGCUUCAGCAUCCGCGGCGGUCGGGAGUACAAGAUGGAUCUGUUUGUCCUCAGGCUGGCGGAGGACGGCCCGGCGUUACGCAACGGCAGGAUGAGGGUGGGCGACCAGAUCAUCGAGAUCAACGGUGAGAGCACGUGGGACAUGACGCACGGCCGCGCCAUCGAGCUGAUCAAGUCGGGCGGCAGGCGGGUGCGCCUCCUCCUAAAGCGGGGCACGGGCCAGGUCCCCGAGUACGACAAUGGCGCCACACGGGACGCUCGCCCUUCAGCCUCUCCAAGCCUGCCGGAAGUAGCCGCGCCGCCCGACGGCCUUUCGGCGCCGGCGGCGAGCGUCGGGAGCGACGGCGGCAGGUCCGCCCGCGAGGGUCGCGUGGGCGAGGAGCGCAGAGCCGUGCGAGGACGCUCCACCGAGAGAAUUCCCAGAGAAAGCGGCUUUCCCGCCACUCCCGCUGUGCAUGCGAACGGGAAGAGCGGGCCGGGCCCGGAGCCCGGGCGGGAAUCGGCGGCCGGGAAGUCCGCCGUCUCUCCGGGGCCCUGGAAGAUCCCCGGAUCGGACAAGCUUCCCAGCGCGCUGCGGGCGGGAACGUCAGGCAGAUAACCCAUCGACCGGGCUCCUCCUCCUUCUAUUUAUUUGACUCCAGACUAAGUUAUUGGACACCCUCCACCUUAAAAACUGGACGUUCAUCCACUUUUGUUUGGAGAAAUCAGCCGAACUGAGAAGCAAUCAAAUGUAAGCAGCUUUUUAUAUGAGAACUCGGACACAACGGGGUCUAUUUUCUCGGACUUUGCCUUAACCGGACUGCGCGGGCCCAACAACAAUCACCGUGUAAAUAAGACAGAAGGCUGAGAAACGACGCCGAGGAGGGCAUGGAGUGCCUUAGGAAGGAGCGGAGACGUUUUUAAAAAGGCUGCUAGUAACCAUGACGACCAUACAUGACGUACUGUGAAUUCGAUUAUGUCACGAGCUCGUGUGCUUUUAUGUCCCACAGGUCCUUAACUGUGCCAAAACGGCUUUGCUCUUGUGCAUUUUUUUGUACAAUCAAGUCUGUAUCGACAACAGUGUUUCGAAGAGGGAGAGGUCGCGCUCGGUUGCCACGGCGAUAAGGGCCCAUCAAGCACAACAUAGAAGCAAGCGUCUUUGUCUUUUUCAUCACUUUUGUUGGGCGACAAAAACCAAAACGUGUGUGCGUGUGUGCGUGCGUGUGUGUGUGUGUGUGUGUAUUGACAACGCACAGCUCAGAAUCACUGUGUAGUGUAAAACAAACUAUAAAAAAAAGAAAAAACACGACUCGGUGUUCUAUUGGUGGUCACCGAGGCUUGUAUGAAAGCGGAGCAACUAUUUUUAUUAAUGAAAAAUGCAGCACUAUGAAGAUAUUAACUUUUUGCGGAGUUCCCCGAAAUCUUGUAUGAUACUCUGAUGAAUAAAAUCAAACAUUGACACAACAACAGCAAAGCAAUGCGGGAAGUUAUUUUGUGCGAAAACAUGGUGAACUUUCUUGUCAAAUCACGGAAAAACAUCAUUAAAAAAUGUUGAUGUAUUAAUUUUUAGGUUCAGUCACGUGCCGAAUUAACCGGGGUGAUGGGUUUCAAAGCAGCAGUUAAUUUUCAUUUGUGGGAACCGCCCCCCCCCCCCACCUGUGUGUAUAUUAGGAAGUUAGCGUUAAAUUUGCACAUUUUCAAAUUUUGUUCUGUUCACGUUUGUGAUUUCUUAUUCUAUUGCACCAUACGCCAUGUUUAAUCUUAAAUUAUGUGCAAAAAAAGGCAUAUUUUAAUGCAAUCAGUUAUUAUUAAAGUGGCUAAACGAGCCAUUGUAGGACAUUUGCAUUGUUGUAGUAUCCACAUUUGUCCACACGAGGGAGCAAAGAAUGAAAAUGUCUUGUUUUUGCCUGAAUGGCCACUGGAGGGCAGUGUCAUCUCACAUUUCUCUUUCCUCAUGGCGUUCGACGUUUAUUUUUUUAUUUUCUUGUUUUUGUCGCAAUGAUUUUGUAAAUUCCUAUUUCAAAGACGUGUGCAAUGUACGUUUCCUUUUUGCAAUUUCCUCUUUCUCCUCCUGUGGUUUACCGUCAACAAGCUCUACUAACCCCUUUUUUUUGUAUUCAUUUACAACCCCAAUUCCAAUGAAGUUGGGACGUUGUGUUAAACAUGAAUAAAAACAGAAUACAAUGAUUUGCAAA